AUGUUGUGCUCUGCCGAGAUUUGAUUUGAUUUUUUUUUUUUGUCCGCGAUCUUGGCUUAAAUAACACCAUUUCGACCACGUUACCUGACGCUUGGUGUGUUUCCCCCCCCCCCCCCCCCCCCCCCCUGUUGCUAAAUAACUUGGAGAAGUUCGAGCUUCAAACACCGAGGCAGCGACGCGAAAAGUUCAAAUGGGGUGGGGGUUUAAAAGAAGACGGAGGGGGGGUCUGAAAGUGUAAACAAAUCUGAUCAGAACUGUUGCACACAGGCGCAUCCAACCCCGUUUUUUCUCGGCAAUCUGCGUUUUACUCUUCGUCUGUUUUACAUGAGCGGACUUUUUCUACAGAUACGUUUCGAUUCCAAACUUUGGGCGACAUGGACGCGCACCGCGGCGCGCCUCCGGCGGGGCAGCAGGUCGUGCACGUCCGCGGGGACUCCAAGACGGAGCUGGAGGCCCUCUUCAACGCGGUGAUGAACCCCAGCAAGGCGACCAGGCAGCCCCCGUCCGUGCCCAUGAGGAUGAGGAAGUUUCCGGACUCUUUCUUCAAGCCGCCGGAGCCCAGGGGCCACUCCAGACAAGCCAGUUCAGACGGAGGCUUGUGCGGCUCCCUCGCCCCUCAUCACGUCCGCGCUCAUUCCUCCCCGGCCUCCCUCCCAGUCAACUCCCUCUCUGCUCAAGCAGAUGCAGAUGCAGCGGCCACACCAAUCAUACCCGAUGAUGUGCCACUCCCCGACGGUUGGGAGAUGGCCAAGACGUCCACUGGCCAACGGUACUUCAUCAACCACGUGCACAGGACGACCACAUGGCAGGACCCCCGCCUCUCGCAGCUUCAGUCGGCUGCAGCCCAGCAUCAGAUCGCCUGCACCCCGAGCCACGCCCACUCCUUCAGCAACCCAGCUCCCACUACGCAACCAAAAAAUAUUGUUCCUGAGACAGGUCCACUGCCUGAAGGCUGGGAGCAGGCUGUGACUACAGAUGGAGAGAUGUACUACAUUGAUCACAUAAAUCAGGCCACCACAUGGGACGACCCGCGUCUAGCCCCGAAGGUGAACCCGGCCAUCCUCAGUUUGGCAAUGCAGCAAAGACUUGAAAAGCUCAGACUGAAGCAGGGCAUCCCUCCACAAUUUGCCCCACAGUUAAAUGAAACUAAGCAUACACGCAUCCAGGUGCAGGAGGCGGGAGGGAGCAACCAGAUGCCCGGCGGGAUGGACCAUGACAGAAGCGCACAGAUGCUUGUCCCGUCAGUGGAUAUCAGGAUCAGGGCCCUAAACCAAGAGCCUAACCUUAAUGGGGCUCACUCUCGCAACGAAAGCACUGACAGUGGUCUGAGUGUCAGCAGCUUAUCACGCACGUCGGACCACAUGUUGAGCUCUGUGGAUCACAUGGACACUGGUGACUCAAGUGAGCCUCCCUCAAUGGGCCUGCAAGAGUCGAUGCCCGUGCUGCCGAUAAAUGAGGACCUGAUGCCCGGCAUCCCCGACAGUUUGACUUCAGACAUGUUGAUGGAAAUGGACACAGUUCUCUCCGGGCCGCACAUGGACAGGGACAGCCUACUCACCUGGCUAUAGACGCAAGCAGCCGCCAUCAGUUUUGAGUGUGGUUUGAAAUCAAGCUUUAGUAGCAUGACUGAGAAUUCUGGAAAAUUUGAGUCGGAUUUAAAAGUGGUGCAGAACAGCUACUAGGAGAGAAUAUGCUACAGAUAUGUGAUGGAUAUCUACUUACAGAAUUCACUUCCUGGCCUUUGUUAAAAAAACAAAAAAAACAAAUGACUCUCACAAAAGCUGGAGGUUUUCUCUUUUUGGGUCUGGUUUUUGCAAAUGCUCCUCUUCUUUUCAUCCUGGUCCUCCAUCCAAAGUCACACUUGGGAUUGCCACGAAACAGGUUUGAACACAAAAACCUGUUAAAAUAGCAUUAAUGUAACAUAAAGAUUUUAUUUAACAAAAUAAUAAAACAUUUUAAAAAAAGGUUUAAAGCUCCUAAAUUAUCCAAGUGACUUGUGAAAGUUAAAAGCAGCAUCUCAUGCUACUACCUCUGAGCAACUUGUGAUUUUAUUACAUGUUAAAACUCUGAGUUGUAUUUUAAAACCAACUUUUAACAACGUUUUUGGCGUAAAGUGAGCAAAGAAUCAAAGGAUUUUUUUUAGGUAAAAACUAGGAUAGUUUCGAAAUCUCUGGGCAUCUCUUCUUAAAACGGAGGGAAUGGUGCCCUCUUGUGGCGAGUCAGAAAAUAACAUUUCCUCCCUAAACCUACAUCAGUUGCGCAAGUUUAAAAAUAAGUAAAAGAUUCUCAGGAUCUGUCUGCCUGAGUCAAUAAAUCCAGCCGACUCGAAAGCAUACUGCCAAUGUAUUAGUUUUGAACAUUAAAUAUGUACUUUUAAAACUUUGAGACUUCAAUAUAUAAGCGAAUGAGCACAUGAUCAGGGUGAGCUCCAACAUAAUGCAGGAUUUCCACAGAAAACUGUAAGGACGAUUCAUCAGUUUUUUGUUUUGUGUUUGUUUUUGAUUCUUAGAUUUUCUUUUGUCAAUAAUGAUUU